AUGGAGCCUCCAAAAAUACAACAACGAUCCUCAACAUCAUCCAAAAUAUCUGAAAAUCUAGCAAUUUUAAAGGAAUUAAAUAUAAAAAUGGAAGCCGAUGAUCAAUUUAAUGGACAAGCAUUGCUAGACUACAACAUAUCAAGUCCAUGUCCAUCUCAAAUGACGCAGCAUGUCAACUAUAAUUUAAACUCCAACCCUGUAAAUCCUCAAAUGUUAAGGCCUAAUUAUAGAAAUUAUCACAACAAUCCCAUGCCAAUUGGCAACCUGCAGCAUCCAGAAUCGCAAAAUAUCCAACCCGAAUCUCAUCAAAAUGGAGCUGUACCCACAAUAAGAUCAAGAUUGUUAGCUAUUCGACAAUCCUUAGGUAAAAUCAAAAGAGAAGAUGAAAUAGAACCAAAAGAUCCUGAUUGUAUGAGCAAUAGCAGAUUCAGUCACGCAUCUAACCAACUUCCAGCCAGAGUCUAUUCACCUCAUGAAAACAUUCAAAAUUAUAACCCCAACACAGUCUUUAAUCCUUUGGAAUAUUCUGGAAGUUCAAUGAUGAGACCAGCGAGUGUGAUUAAUCAAUAUCCUCCUACAUAUCCACGUCUAUAUCCACGCCCAUAUCUCAAUCCAUAUCCAUUAAAUCGAUUACAAAUGCAUCAUUCAAACAUACAGCAUCAAGCAUCUCACUUUAUUGUCCCAACUUCAAAUUCAUUUGUUCGUGCGACCUCAGCCGGUGCUCAAAGUCAUCAGUUUAGUAGCAACUUGAAUUCAGUGCAUACUUUUAGCUCACAUGCGAUUCCUCAGACUAUAACAAGUAACAAUCUUAAUGAAAUAGCCAUGAAUUCACGAGAAUCUGAGAUUAUUGAUCUUACUGAGUCAGAUGGUGGAGCGAUGGAAGAAAGAAGGUCGAAUUUGGCAAGAUUUCAACCUAAUUUUAGAGGAACAACAUCUAAUGGAAUGUCAAUGAGGACAGUAAAUGUGCUGCCAAAUCAAGAACAGCAUAACAGAAGAGUCAUUAUUUAUCCAGCAGCUGGUUGUUCAGCUAAUCAUCAAACAUACUCUUAUUGUAGACAUAAAACACCCCAGAACAAUAUUUUAAUAGACAUCACAGACCAAUCAGUUCCAAUAACUCACCAAACUCCUCAAAACUCAGCAGAAGCUUCGGACUCUUCAUCAUUAAUCCCAAUACGCUCAGUCUUGACAAACUUAGUGUCCGUUUCUUCAUUAUUUAAAGUAAAGUUUUAUACCACUAAGUUAAGAUGCUCAGCAGUCAAGUAUGACAAGGCAACGAUUAAAUAUUGUCAAAAUUACUACGCAAUAGCCAAAAAAAUGUUUGAAAAAUGUGAAAUCUGUGAAGGAUACAACAAGAAUCACAGAAUUGACUGCCAUCACAAGAACAUUGAUUUGGACGUGCUAAUGACUUUUGGUAUUUAUUAUUGUGAUUACGAUGGACGUAUAAUAAGACAUAAAGGAGACUUUAUACAUCACAUGAAGUCUCACAUAAUUGUAAAGUGCCAAGAAUGUGGAAGUAAAAUAAAGGAAUCAGGACUAGCAAUUCAUAUAAAGUUUAAUCAUCAAGAUGAUGGUGAAUACAAAUGCAAGUUGUGUCCAAAAGUCUUUAACAAUAAACAUCGUCUAAAGAGACACUCAGAAGCUCAUGAUAUGAAAUUUGAAUGUCAAAGCUGCAAUCGGAAGUUCUCAAAAAAAGGAAGAUUAACAGAACAUUUUAAUGCUUACCACAAUGAUGACAGAAAGGCUCAGUAA